AUGGAUGCCAUGAAGGCCUAUGUCAUGUGCGGCGUGCUCGUGACCACAUGCCUCAGUCAGCCUCAGAGGCCUGAUUGGACGAAGUUGCCCUUCAGCAUCAGCGGCACUCCCCCAUCCGCAAUGCAGGCGCUGGGCACGUCCUUGUGGAGCGACUAUGUCAACGGCUUCUACAUUGGCUUCCGGGAUAGCAGACUCUGGGAUGGCUUUGAUGGCGCCACUUUUCGAAAUCUCUUCGUCUACUACCCGGACACCGGAAGCCUCGAUGUUCUGGGCACCCGCGGGGAAAUACCUCCAACUAACAAUGAUGACGUCAAAUAUGAAGUUGUGCGCGACCCGACGACAAACACCAUCUACUUCGUCGGCGGACACACGGGUACUUGGCAGUUGGACGAGGCAUCGCGCACCUUCACGAAGUCCGUCUUCGGCGGCUAUAGUGCAAGCCGUGGUUUCGCCAUGGCGUGGAGUACUUUCAGGAAUGGCUUCUACAUCAUGGGCGGUUGGUAUGUGGACCCCAGCGUCGAAGGCGGAAAUGUCUAUUUGGAUGACGUCUGGUUAAUGGCCACUUCAGGCGGUGGCAGCGUGGGGGCUUCUUGCGGUGGCCCCACGGGAAGCUUUGUCGCGACCUAUGCCCCUGCGCUCAAGGGUGUCUUUACCUUCGGCUCGUAUGAAUGCAAGUCAGAACGAGGGGUUGGAGGAAGGCUACAGACCAAUUGUUUCGAAUACGACCACUUGAACUUCUAUUCCGAAGUGGCGAACACAUGGACAAGGCUGAGCCCAUCGGGCUCGACCCCACCGAAUGGCUGGCAAACAAACUCGUACUUGAAUGGUUUCGCCUUGAUGUGGAGCGACGCGGCCGGUGGAAUCUUUGCCCGUACCGGUACCCCUACCUUCGCCGAGUACUUCUACUCCGCCAGUGACAAUCGGUGGAGCUUGGUGGCGUCAACCGGCACCUUUCCUUCGGAAGCUUGGGUGUCUUCUCCAGCCUGGCGUCAAGCCCAUGGCAACACCUCAGCGGGCUACUACGUCCUUGCUGGCAGCAGCUCGGGGUCCAUUGAGAGCGCCUACUUCCUGGAUGCAAACGAGCCCGAGGUAGCUGUCAACGUGUCAGAGCCGGUGGGCACUUGUGAGGAGAGGACCACUAAUAAUCCGUCAGCGUCAUCGGGCUCCAUGGGACACUCCAUGUGCGGCGUCGCACUCCUAGGAUGCCUGGCGCUGGCUCUGAUGUGA